GAAAGCCAGAAGUGGUGAACAGAAGGCUGGGAAGCGUGGUUAAAAUCUGAAUGUCAGCCAGAAAAGCUGGACUCUAGGCAGUCUUGCAAAUUAUGAGGGCAGCCUUAUUAAUGUAACAUUCUGGCUGGUGGAAAAGUUGCCUGGGGCAGAGUCUUUAUGGGUCAAUACGUGCCACUGAAGUGGGGAGACAGCCCUCUGGGCCACAAGCACAGCUCCCAGCAUCAAAAAGAAACCUUUGUAGCUGCAUUCUUACGUGGUUUGGAUUCCUUUCUAAUGUGAGUGGGCUAGUGAACUGGAAUAGCUGGUCUCCCAGAAAGACUGAGACUAGUGUCUUUCUCAUCCUUUCUUUUGCUCAUUAACGUACUUCUUUCUUGAUGCUGGAAUAGUGUCCAUCACUAAUUAUUUAUAUAAGCAUUGAUUAGUCACCCCAAAAUAUGAAGAAUGCUAAAGAUUGCAUAAAGAAAAGAGAUGAAAGUAAUUAGUUACUUAUAAACACAAAUCCAGGAUAUCCUAAUGUCACCUUUUUAAAGAGCUUAUUUCUGCAUUCCCAGGUUCACAGGGCAUUAAGUCAUUACUGUGUGCACAUAUGUUGUUGAAAUACAUAGGUGACUUACAGAACUAACAUAUUUGGAAAUUCAUGACACCACCAUGCCUUAGAGGUACAUGGUAUUGCUCACUUUCAGUAGUGUAGUUACUGGAGGCACUUAAUUAAAAACGAGGCAGAUUUUUAAUGCAUCCCGUCCUUUGCAGACCUUUAAUUAGUGCUGGAAGCCCUCUUUGUUAAACAGAGUAUCAUUUGGGAUAUUGUGACUUCGGAUACAUCAGUUACUGGUUUGAAGCUGUGUCCUAAUGAUCAGAUAUUAACAGCAGAAGGAAUAGGCAAGGUUGUUCAAUCUGUAUUUAUUUGUGACUUCUUGUCUACAAUUUCUACUUGUUUAGCUUAGUCUUUAAUCUGAUAUGUUAAACGUUAAUGAAUGAGAUAAAUUUAGAGUUAUUUCAUUUGGCUGACACUAAAUCUAUUCUAGCAAAGAUCUGAUGAACUGAAUGUGUAAUCUGGUAAUCCCUUCCCUCCACCCUCCCCUGUUGCUAUAGUAAUCCUAUAUUUGAACCUUAUUGCUGCACUUUUUAUUUAAACUGAGCUUACUGAUAGCUGCAGUACAAUGUGUUCUCAAACCAAAUAUUGAUAAUGAAGGCUGUUUGUUUCUUAAAUUUAGAUUCAAUAUCAGAGAUAAAAGACAAAUUAAGUAUCCUUAAGUUGUUUUCUUUUGUUGUGGCUCUGGGGAGACCUCAUGGCAUUAAUGUUUUCCUUCAUGUUACAAGCAGGCAUCUUUGGGGAGUGGGCAAACAAAUAAAGACCCAACUAAACCAACCAACCAACCAACAACAGCAACAAAAUAAUAAAGAAAAAAAAUAAACCCCAAAAAAUCAAACCCAUCUCUGAGCGUCUCAGAAAGUUGUUAAUAAUCGCAGUUACAGGAGGGGACACUCAGAGUGCAAAGGCCAGAACUUGGUUUAGCAUCCAAAUGUUCUUGCAAUUCCAGCUCGGCAGCAAUGCUCAGGGCUUAUUAGAUGAGGCGCUUUCAGCCACUUUUGGCAUUGCUGGACUCCCGAUGCAGCAAAACGUGCAGAUAAUUCUGGCAAGUGAAUAAAAUAGUUGUUCUCUUACCAAAUCUUACUUUUUACUCUACAGAAAUAUGACUUCUUUUCCUAGUGGAAAUGCAAGAGCUAAUGAGGUUAAUAGCAAAUUGAAUAAGAACAUGAGGAAUAAGCAGAAAAGUGAAAAAGACCGAUCUGUCUUGUCAGGAAGCAUGGAGACAAUGAAAGAAGGCUAAAAAUAGUCUAAAUAUGGGUGAAGAACUACAGGGAAGGUUUCCCUGUCUCUAGAGAUGGAGCAUCUGCCACCUCUCUGGGCAGCCUGUUCCCGUGCUGCUCUACCCUUACAUCGUAAAAACAACCAAACAAAAAAAAACCUUUUCCUGAUAUCCCAUCUAAAUCUCCCCUCUCUUAGUUUGAAGCCGUUUCCCCUUGUCCUAUCACAACAGACCGCGCUAAGGAGUCUAUUCCCUUCUUUCUUACAGCCCCCCCUUUACAUACUGAAGGGCUGCUCUCACAUCUCCCCGGAGUGUAAUAGAGUUCUAUUGGAAAACUAGAGUGAUGUUUAUGUGAAAAAUCAUUUAUGAUGGUGUCAGGAUUUGCUAAGUACGGAUUGAACUGGAUGACCAGAAGAUAACGUAUGGCAAGUAUGGUGGUAGUGGAGUUUGUCAAGGAUCAGCUCCAACUCUUAGUUUUUUCAUUAAUCAUUGAUGCAUUCCUACCAAUGCCAUCAGGUGCCACCAAUACAAAGGUUUUGCACAGAGGGAAUUGAGACCUGGGGACAUGAGUAGCAGAGAGCAUUACCUAAAUUCUUCUCAACCAUCAUCGAAGGGAGAAAAAUGAGAAUUUAGAGUGGAAGAGGGUCUGUUUCCUGGAGUGACUGAGGGAAUCAAGAAUGAUCUUCAUAAGGGUGCCUAAAAGCAUGUCUUUUUUAAACCUGAAAAACAGCGCAUGAAGAGGUUAUUCUCCAUGAAAAUGAGUGAAAUAACACAGGUGGGUAAAAUGAGCUUCUUAAGCUGAAGGUAUGAGAACAAAUGGGUACAAACUGUCCAAGAAUAAACCAAGUCUGGAAAUUAGAAAAGAUGGUUCCUAAGCAACAGAGGCAGAAGAGCCUGCGGCAUCCUUCCCUUAGGAGUAGUGGCAUACAACUGUCUUUAAGAUGGAGCUAGUUAGCUUAUGUAAGGGGAGGAGGGGGUGUAACAUCUGAAUAUUCCUCUGGUUCCAUGGUUCCUGUCCUUUCAGUCACUGCAACAGUUCCUUGACCAGAGACUGUAGGUGCAUUGGAGAGCUAUUUCUUGGGCUGAUAGAACAGUUGCAUUCUGAUGUAUGUAAAUGCUUAUAUCAAGGGAUAAAAGAUGCGUAGGCAAGUAGGAGGCUUUAAAGGCUGCUGUUUUAUGUAACGCAGUACGUUGUAUCUCAUGUAGUGGAUAUACGCUAUGAAAUUCAUAUUUUCACUCUAAAACCCAAAGUCAACACAGUAUAAACAGACUUCAUAAAGAGCCCUGAGGUGGCGAAACCUUGUAUGUAUAUUGUGAGAUAUUGAGCUGCUGUUCCUGGGGGUUGCCAGUAUGUGAACUAAGACUGUCUGUGUCAUAAGCUAGCAAGAGACACUCCUGUACCCUGCACAGUGUAAGACUGGUGGUUUUGCAGAAGGCUUGCAAAGAAAAGAGUUGUGCUGCCUUCUCCCUGCUUAACGGAAAGAUACUUAUCUGCAGACUGGGGAAUUAAUGGUGCCCGAGGUCACAAUAUCUUUAUAAGUUGUGCAGUCAUUAUGACACACUGAAUCACGCUUUAAUUCCUGCUGAGGUAUUUCAAACCCUGGGGAGGACUUGUAAAUGCUCAUAGAUACCAUUGUUUUGCCUGUAUCAAUAGUGUACAAUAUUGGAUGUGAACAGAAACAGAGGUAGAAAUAUAGCAUCUGCUUUACAUUCUUCUACUCUGAAUAUUUUCUGUAAAUGUUUUUGUAUAAGGCUUCAUUUUUGGAAGGAAGUUCAGGCAUGGAAAGUAGUUUGGUUAGGGCAGGAUAGAAGUGUGAUGGUGUUUGAAAGGUUCCUUCCUGACUGUGCUUAAUGUGUGUUAUUGACUUCCCUUCAGCUGUCAGUUGAAUUUCCUGUUAAUUUUAGGUAGAAGUAAUUUGCAGAGCAGUGUCCAGCAAGUGACCUGUGUGUGCUUUUAGUGGGAUUGUUAUUCAUAAGCUCCAUGUAUUUUCAUGUUUUAUGAACAAAUAUAUAAAACUGAGUACUUGAUCUUAGUCCUUCAGAUUGCUUCAAAUAAUUUCUUAGCCAUAACGCCAAAGGCUUAAAUGGCACUUUGCACAUACUUAAAUCUUAAUGUUAGCCAAGUUACGUUCCAGGAAUGGAACUUGAUGGGAAAAGUGCUUGACAGCCUAUAUUUCAAAAGUAAGUACUACUUUAAAGGUUAAAAGUCCUAUGUAAGGCUACAACUGUUUGGCAGUGGUAUCCAGUGAGUAGAUGACUGUGCAGAUACACUGCAGCUCUUUCAACAAGGAGGACAUAUUGCUGUUUUGAAAGAACAUUGUAACCUGUGAGCACUAAGAUGACUGUAGAAGCUGAAUGUCUUGACAUUUUGUUCUCAAAGUAUGUUUUAGCUCAUCUAGGAUUAGAGAUUCUUAUGUACAUGGGACAAAUUUGUAAUAUAUAGGGUGCAGUGGCCGGAUAAUGGGCUGUUCAGUUUUUAUUACCAUUAAUUUCUUCUAAAACUGUUAGUAGAGAUCUAAAGCACUGAAACAAAUGACAUUUCAGGUGAUGGUAUUGUAUAGGUCAUUGGAAAAGAGCACGGAAAUAGGGUCUGACGCAGAGGAAGAUCAAGGAUAGUGAUGAUAACUUUCAUAAAUCAGAAUAAUUAAUUGAGAUUGGUGUGUACAUCUUCAUAAAGCCAUCUGAUUUUUGUGGCCUUCUUUAAGGUGCCUGAAGUUAAAGGGCAGAAAACAUUUAAGCAUUUCCCAUUCCUUUGUUAGCUGAUAGACCUCUGAAAUUCUGCGCUGAGUUCAGGAACAAAUAGGAAAGCAAAGAGCGGACAAAUACAAAUCAGGAGAGGUUGGUUUCGUUCAGGGAAGAGAGAUGAGAAAAAUAGAUUGAAAUAGAAGAACAAAAUAAAGUGAUACCAUAAGGGCAGGAACAGCCUUAAAAGUCUGGAUUACAUUACAUAGAGGAUUUUCACUGGGAUUUUUACACAGAAUAUAUCUCAGACACACCGUUUUUGUUAAGUCAUGCACUGUAUUAGCCCAUGGGACCUACAGCAUUGCAGUGUUACGUUCAAGAGUUUAACUCAGUGUAAAGAUUACACUCUUUAUAUCAGUCAUACGAGGAAUGUUAUAGUGUGUGUAAUUUUUUUUAACAGUCUGAAGUAGUACACCAAAUCUCUGCAGAUGUGUGUGUUAGUGCUGGUCUUCAAACUGUGCAGCACUGGCCGUAUUUAUGGGAAUGUUUGAAAAGUUAAGCCACUACUUUGGCUAUUUGGCAAUUUCUGUCCACUCAGGCAAACACUAAAACUUAGUCCAUAAAACCCCAAAUGGUGUUUACUCUGGCAACCACAGAAACCAUCUCUUCCUCAUGAAGUCAGUGCAGUUGGAAGUAAUAGUAGGCAGCUGGCUAAGUAAGUGAUGGACUUAAUACUUGAACACUAGAAAUGGCAGGCUUUUGUUUAGUUAUUAACAAAACCAAAAUAAAUCUGAAGCAAAUAACUUCUUGGGCUGAAGGUAGCUGAAGUUAAGUGGCCUGUACAAAGUGCAUCCCUUGCAGGGGAGGCUUCUGGGAGAGAUGUGAUUGUACAUCCUGGGGUCUUGGUACAGAUAGAAGGGUAACAGUUUAACAUUAAAAUGGCAUAGUAAGUAUAAUUUAUUGCAUGUCUCUAUAGACAGUAACAUAGAGUGGCAGUAGGGCUUCUAGAAAGAGUUCCUUUGACAACUUCAGAGCAGAUGGUCAUUGUCUGACUCCCAACAGGUUUGACACGACUCUUUAUCCUUCAUGUUCAGUAAUUUAACAUAGAUUUCUAAGACAGUAAGCACAGCACUGGCUAGUGUGAUUUUUAGAACACAGUGGAUUCGAGAAAUGUUUGGACAAUGCUCUCAAACACAGAGUUUGAAUCCUGGGUGGUCCUGUGUGGAGCCAGGAGCUCUGAUCCUCAUGGGUCCCUUCCAACUUGGGAUGUCCUAUGGUUCUUUCUCUGAUUUCUGGUUACUGCUUGGCAAAAACAAGCAGAUGUGAGACAGGAGUUCUUAUCACACUUUCAGAAGUCUUCUGUGUAUUAGUGGUCAUAGCAGCAGUGCUGAAAGAUGCACAACUUUUUUCCAUGGAUGGAAGUCACUUGGAUAGGGGUCUGAAUAAUAAUCAGCAGUAAAGGCAAUGUGAGUCAGUGGAGUUGGUUUUAGGCAACCAAAAAUAAGACAUGUAGAAAGUUUUUUUUAACAUGUAAUCUUCAAAUACCUGUUGUCUACAACAAUCCCAGCCUGAAGAUGUUAGUCUUUAAGGAUGGAUAGCAUUUAGUUUGAUCUACAAGCAGUGUCAAACAGGAGCUUUCCCUGUUUUGUGUUGGGACUUGAAUUCUGCAAAUGCAAAAUGCAUUUCUCAUAUUUUUUUUCUUCACUUGACAGUGAUAGGCUCAGGUGGAAGGCCCGAGUUUGCAUAAUGCUGCUCUGUGAAGCCGUAUUUGCUUGUGCAAUAGUUGCCUGACAGGGGAGAUGGCAUCAUCAGGAAGGCUGUUUCCUCGUGGUGUUUCAUCUCUUGCCGUGUGGGUGUGUUUGACCCCUGAGGUUUACCCAGAAGUAGGAAACACGACUGCAUAACUUUGGAGUUGGGCACAUGUUCACGCUCCCCUAGGUAAAAGAAAAACAGAAAUGAGUCGCUCCUAAAAUAGAAUUCAUUGGGGCAUUUUGACAUGUUGUUUCCUCCUAUGGAACAGAUGACAAUCUAAUGCAGGCAAAUGAGUUCCAGUAAUAUUUUUAUGCAUAGUUAAUGUCUUUCAUCUUUAGAUUAAAGCUAAGGCUGCUCCAAGAGAGCGAAAGCAACACGCUCUUGGAUUUGGGAACUGUGGAAUGUGAUGAACUUUGUCUUGCAGUCACUUCUAAGACCUCUUUGAAGAUGGUGUUAAUGUCCUUCAUGUAGGACGUGUGUACUGGACAGCGCUCAGAAACUUUCAGUGUAGGGUUGAAGAAGAGCAGUGCAAGCCAUGUUAUCUUCCUGUGCUUCCCCAUUUACGUGAAGGAAUCAGAAAUGCCUGAUUCACCACCUCCUAAAGGAGGUGUUUUGGAUUUAAAUAAGCUGGGCUGUUAGCUGACUUGGAAAUAGGAUGAUGAUGCAUACUAAAGGUUUGCAUUUGGAUCAGUUUUCAUUUGCAAGUGCAGUGAAAGUCUCACAGGGAAGAUGUACUUCAAAAUUCAUCUUUAGGUUUGCCUUCCCCAGGUUUCCUACAUGGGUUAGAAAGAUACAGCAAGAUACUUAGUUUCUUGAUACAUUUUUAAGUGUGUCAGAUUGUAUCUCAUUGAUGUGUAGUAACUGAAACAAAGAUACUUAUUUCCUUCUGAGUGUAGGAUUUUAACAUUCUGUCCAAUUUUACUACAUCAAGAAAUUAAUUUGAUAUUGGAUCUUACUAGGAUUUCUGUCCUUUCCUCUCUCUCCCUUCAAAAUUAGGAAGCAGUUUAAAACCACUGGGGAGUGCCACCUACAAAAGCCUCAGGUAAACAUGAAUGAGAUACUCAUGAAAAAUUCAGAAUCCCUACCAUCUUCACCUGCCUGAUCUAAGCCUGCAUGAGAUCUCCAGUCUCUGUAUUAGCAUCAACCUCAUUUAUGUACCCUAAUUCUCUCUUCUAGCUCCGGCUGGUAGCACACCCAUCAGCAAUGCAUGUGCUGCUUCUGUAUCAAGCCUGCUGGUCCCAGCAUCAUUUCGGCACGCUCUCUAAUCACUGCAGCAAUUCCUGAGUCACUUGCAUUCUCUGUCAGAAUGUAAUGGCUGGGGUUCAUGCAUCCAGUCACCAUGCAUAUUCAGGUAGUUCCUUCUCAAAGAUCUCAACCUGCCAGUCUCAUGACGUAGGAUUACUUCUUCUUGGGAGCAUUUGUUGCAGGAUCUCAGGAUCUUCAAAGGUACAUUAAGCAUGAUGUCAGGCUUGCUGCUGCUUGCUGGCUCACAGCUCUGUUGCCAGGUGGUGGUACACUGUUACUUGGCCUCUUGGUCCUUCUUUGUGUGAUUUCAUGAACUGCCAGAGCAGCUAUACUAAUUGCCUAUAACUUUCUUAAUGUUACUUUUUUUGUUGUUGUUGUUAGUGUUCAUUACUUAAUUGUAAAUAGCAAUGAAUGUUACCAGAACCUAUUUCAGAUCUACCGGGUCGUUGUUCAGCAAAUCCAUCAACACAAAUGGGAUACUGUAAAACAAAGACAGUGUUCUAGUGUACCUCAAUUUUGGAUAUAGGUUGCAUAUUGAAGGAUAAGCUCUUAGUAGGAAAAAAAAGUCUGAAUAUCAUAGAAUCACAGAUUCUAUGAUACUCAGAGUAUAUGUCAAAUUCUCUGCACAUUUAAUUAGCUCUGUGGCGCAGUUGGUAGAUCUGGAAGUUAGAUUCUGCCCUUCUGUCCCCCCAAGUCCAUGCAGCUCCUCUAGAGGAGGAGACAGAACAACAGACGUAUUAGCAAAUGGGAUUUCUUAGCAUAAAAUACACUGUUCUUUGUUGUAGUAAAUAGGGACUGUGCUAAUACUUGGUUUCAGCCUAGAAAGCAAAACUGAUAUGCUUAUGGGAUUUCAGCUUGGCCUUGCUUUAAUAAGAACCUCUUGUCUCUAAAUCAGGAUGUAAGAGCUUAUGUAAGACCUGUCAGUGAGGCUUAAUAAUUUCUGAUGAAUGAAGAAGUCGAACUUAGAAUUUUUUAGUUCUUUUUGAGGAACCUUUUUAUAAGUCUCUAAGUUCAGUGUGUCUAUACAGUCUAUACAGUUAUAACUGUAAAACAACCUACUAGCUCAUGUGCUUGAUUUUUCUAAAGUGAAGUCCUGGCUGUGGUAAGUCUAGGGCUGUCUUUGUGUAACUGAGGGAGGUGACUACCUAUUGUUUUCUCUCCCAUAAAUAAGAGAAAAUGGAAUCUAACUUUUCUGUUAGAAGUGAUUAUUGCAGAACAGUUCAAAAAGCUAAAUGCCGUUCUGUUGGUUGCCAGCACAGUUCUCAAAUCUCAUUCCUCACUAUUCAGUCUCUGCAAAAAUAACUGGAUCCUGCCCAAAAAGGGGCCACUUAGCCUGCACUGCUGCAUUUCAGCCAGUCCUUUAUGCAUCAUAUAUCUAACGUUUCAGGCACUGAAAUUUAUUGUCCUUUUAAAAUGUCAGGGAAGUACUUAUGUUCCUGUUCAAAAAUGGGUUUUGAAUUUCUUUGUCAUCUGGAAGAGCUUUUGUUAUUCACAGUGCCUUUGGAAAGCACAGGUUCUGGGUGGCAUCAACAGUGGUGGGGAUGUUCACAGUCAUUUAAUUUUUUAAAGCACAAUUGUUUUCAUAGACAUGAUAACAUUGGGUGUGUGGGUGGGGCUUUUUGGUUGGUAUUUUCUUUUUCCCCAGGACACUGAUCUGGCAUACCCAUUUGUUUCCAAUAAACAUUUUAAAAUAGGUAGAUUUUCAUGUCUGAUUUUGAAACGUCCAGCCUCCUUUACUUAAAACCAAUGUAGUACUGUUAGGGUUUUACGUAUUUUCUAUAUAGGGAAAGUGAGGAGGUGCUACUGUCAUCGUACUGCACGGCAGAGGGGUCUUGUUAAUUCUGGAUGUUUUGCUGAAACCUGAGGUCACAGAACAUCAUGAAGGAAGAAGAAAGGUACUCUUCCUCAAUCUUUGGUCUUUGCACCAAGCCCACUGUUAUUUAAGGAACCUGUAACUUGUACAGUCAUGCAUUCAAAUAAGCGCAAGAGGCUUCUGCUUUAUGGUUCUGCCUAAAGCUGCUUAUGAGCUCCCUGGUUCUCAUGCAGUGCUGCAGCCUCUGUUCUGCAGUGGGGAAGAACCCUCACUGUUCCUCUUCACCUGGUGUGUUAGAAGAGCCCUCAAGUUAUUGAUGGACAGUAGUAGAACCCUGUCCUCCAUACUGGGUCUGAAGCCACCUGCACAGUGACUGCGUGUCUCCUUGGGCCUGCAGUUCUGUGAGGCAGCAGCAGGCUGCCCUUGGGUGAGUGCCACCUCUGUGUAAGCAGAUGGCUUUCUUUCCAAGGGACUGCCUGCAAUACCACUGAGCAAUUUGGGGUCUUUCAUGUCUUCAAAUCUGUUGUUUCGUAGGAAAACUGGAUUUCAGGUGUGUGCAUAUUAAAACUGUAGAUUGAUUUAUUUUUUUGUUCUAAUCCAACUUAUUACAUUGGCAAAUUAAAUAUCUGGUUUUACUUCAGCCAGCUUGGGCUCUUCUCUUGAUAAAUUGGAUGUCAGAGGGAAGUUGUUUACAGAGAGAGUACUGAGGUGCUGGCACAGGCUGCCCAGACAGGCUGUGGAUUCUCCAUCCCUUGAGGUGUUCCACACCAGGUUAGAUGGGGCCCUGGGCAGCCUGGUCUAGUGCUAGAUCUGGAGGUUGGUGGCCCUGCCUGUGGCAGGGGGUUGGAGCUUGAUGAUCCUUGGGUCCCUUCCAACCCAAGCCAUUCUGUGAUUCUAAAUGAUGUAUGCAUUUGUGUUUUCAACAGUUAGCUUUGGAAUGGAAAGCCUAGCAGCUAUUAACAACUUCAUUUUGAGACCAGUGUUUGUUUUUGAAUCAGACACUUGGAUCGGUUUGUCUCAAGCUUUCUAAAUACCCAUUGCAUAAAGCUGGGGCCCUGCCCUUAGGAGAGCUGCAGCUCAGAUUUGCCUUGUGCUCAGAAAUGUGUGGGUGCUGGUUUGUUGGCGAGUUCAGCGCAAAGCCUGGGAAGUGCAUGUGGGUUCACAGAAACCCUACUAAAAAUAACAGUACUUGGGUUAAACCUCUUUAUUUGUGUGGGCUUGUGACCCUGAUUACAAUAAAUGUACACUAGCUUUCUGGUGUUACCACCAUCCAUGAAUACUAAUAGUGGGGAAAAAAUACUUAAUUUGAUGUCGCAUUGGCCACGGAUGCUUUUGACAAAUUAGAGGAUGAAAAAUGAAAAUCAGUGACAACUAUUCCUCUGUAGUACUGAGGGGCUGGUACAGCUGAGCCUGUAUGACAUCAGUGACAACAUGUAAUGCAGCAGUUAAGCACGGCUAGGAAAAACACUUUUCACCACUGCUUUCUGUUCAGCGAAUGUUAUCAUUUCGUCAGUAAGGCUUAGAGAGACCUUGUGUCUUCUGCAGCCACUUUUAUUCUACAGGCUGUUCACACAGCUUUAAAAAUAAAAAGGGGGAAACAAAGUGAAGUGAGCCUAGGGAAUUCUCUGAACUAAACAGCUAAAUGCAUUGGAGCAGCCAAUAAGACAACUGGAGGUAUUCAGGAGCGUGCAUCCUUUUGGUCACUGAGAUUGGUUAGGAAAGAUGAACCUAAAUUAUUCUGAUGGCAAGUUUGCACUUCAUAAAAAAAGAGAUAGAGAUGCCCUACCUGAUCUUACGGAAAGUUUGUCCUAAUCACAGGUAAGAUCAGUGUGACCUGAGCAGAAGAGAAGGAUUAAGGAGGAUUUUUGGUAGUCUUCUGUCUGACAUUUAGUCUCCAGCUGUCACCAACCUACCCUCAGGAUAAGGUGCUGUAUGAAUAAACAAGAGGCACUAGAAGUGCUUUGGAAGCUGUAUAUAAGAUGAGCACGUUGUGCAUGUAGGAACUUUGUUUUUUUCCCUAAGCAAGCAGGCAGAUUCAGAGAUUUCAGAAGCAGACAGAACUCUGAUCUCAGCACAGACACAGUAAAAUGUAUUCUGGAAGCUGGAUUAAAGCUUGUUUUGGAAAGAUUCAUGAAGCAAAGGCACAGGAUCCCGGUGUCUGUGGGUAGGAAACUUCAAGGCUAAAUGUGUCUGACACUUGCUUUCCAGCAUGCAAUCUCUCCAUGUUUUUCUUGGCAGGACUGAAAGGUGCUUGCAGGCCUGUGAGCAGCUCAUCUUUCUUCGUACCCAGACAGGUGGAGCUGCUCAUCCUGCUGAGGUUCCAUAAAGCUGUACUAUGAAUGGUGAUUCUGGCGUGGCGGUGGUGACCUCGCCACCUCCAACAACAGCCCCUCAUAAAGAGAGGUAUUUUGAUCGAGUUGAUGAGAAUAAUCCAGAUUACUUGAGAGAGAGGAAUAUGGCACCUGACCUUCGCCAGGAUUUUAACAUGAUGGAACAGAAGAAGAGAGUCUCCAUGAUUCUUCAAAGCCCAGCUUUUUGUGAAGAAUUGGAGUCUAUGAUCCAGGAACAAUUUAAGAAGGGGAAGAAUCCAACAGGUUUAUUGGCUUUACAGCAGAUUGCAGAUUUUAUGACAACAAAUGUGCCAAAUGUCUACCCAGCAGCACCACAAGGAGGAAUGGCUGCGUUAAACAUGAGCCUUGGCAUGGUGACACCAGUGAAUGAUCUCAGGGGGUCUGAUUCCAUUGCUUAUGAAAAAGGGGAGAAGUUAUUACGAUGUAAAUUGGCGGCUUUCUACAGAUUAGCAGAUCUCUUUGGCUGGUCUCAGCUUAUUUACAAUCAUAUAACAGCCAGAGUAAAUUCUGAGCAGGAACACUUCCUCAUUGUACCUUUUGGACUUCUUUACAGUGAAGUUACUGCCUCCAGUCUGGUUAAAAUCAAUAUUCAGGGAGAUGUAGUUGACCGUGGGAGCACUAACCUGGGAGUAAACCAAGCUGGAUUUACUUUGCACUCUGCAAUUUAUGCAGCUCGACCUGAUGUUAAAUGCAUUGUUCAUAUUCAUACUCCAGCAGGAGCAGCGGUUUCUGCAAUGAAGUGUGGCCUGUUGCCGAUUUCCCCUGAAGCCCUUUCUCUAGGGGAAGUAGCUUAUCAUGACUACCAUGGUAUCUUAGUGGAUGAUGAAGAAAAGGUGGUUAUUCAGAAAAACUUGGGACCUAAAAGCAAGGUCCUUAUUCUAAGAAACCACGGCUUAGUAUCAGUUGGAGAGACUGUUGAGGAGGCUUUCUACUAUAUUCAUAACCUAGUGCUUGCCUGUGAGAUUCAAGUACGUACUCUGGCCAGUGCAGGUGGACCAGACAAUUUAGUACUAUUAGAUCCUGGAAAGUACAAAGCCAAGUCUCGUUCCUCUGAGUCUCCAUCAGGUGAUGGUUCUGUAUCCCAUCCAAAAUGGCAGAUUGGCGAACAGGAGUUUGAAGCUCUUAUGCGAAUGCUCGAUAAUCUGGGUUACAGAACUGGCUAUCCAUACCGAUGCCCUGCUCUGAGAGAGAAAUCUAAAAAGUACAGCGAUGUUGAGAUUCCAGCUAGUGUCACAGGUUACUCCUUCACUAGCGAUGGCGAAUCAGGCACUUGCUCCCCCCUCAGACACAGUUUUCAGAAACAGCAGCGAGAGAAGACAAGGUGGCUGAACUCUGGCCGAGGGGAUGAUGCUUCUGAAGAAGGGCAGAAUGGUGGCAGUCCCAAGUCGAAGACUAAGGUGUGGACGAACAUUACACACGAUCACGUGAAACCCUUGCUGCAGUCUCUCUCGUCCGGUGUCUGCGUGCCAAGCUGUAUUACCAACUGCUUGUGGACUAAAGAGGAUGGACAUAGAACUGCCACCUCUGCUGUCCCUAACCUGUUUGUUCCAUUGAACACUAAUCCAAAGGAGGUCCAAGAAAUGAGGAACAAGAUCCGAGAGCAAAAUUUACAAGAUAUUAAAACCGCAGGCCCUCAGUCACAGGUUCUUUCUGGUGUAGUUGUGGACAGGAGUCUUGUACAGGAUGCUCCCCUCUCAGACUGUACGGAAUCUAUUGAAGGGCUCGAUCCCACAGAGCAGGCCUUUAGUCCCGCUAAAUCUCUGUCUGUUAGAAAGGGAGAACUGGUGACUGCUUCAAAGGCAAUAAUCGAGAAGGAGUAUCAGCCCAAAGUGAUAGUGAGCACAACAGGACCAAAUCCCUUCAACAAACUCACUGAUCGAGAGCUGGAGGAAUAUCGCAAAGAAGUAGAAAGGAAGCAGAAGGGGUCAGAAGACAAUGUAGGAACCACUGGAGACUCUUUAUGUUCAGUUACGCAAGUAUUGGACUGUCCGGGGACUGGGAUCACACAUGUCAACCAAGAAGAGCCAGAUGGGCGGAAUUCCUCCCUUAAGGAAUUUCAUAUGGCAGUGAUCAAAGCAUUAAGGUCCAAUCCUGACCUUUUGGCUCAGGCCUCAGAGCCUUCAGAAGACGGCAGACAACAGAAAGAGAGAAGUCCCCCUGAGCACACCUCAGCGUGCACUCCCCCGAGCACGCCCAUGAAAGCAGAGGAAGAGACACAGCAGGACCAGACCUACAGAGAUGACAGUGAUGCUGCAACUUUGAAGCAAACCCUCCCAGAUCUCACCCCUGAUGAGCCUUCAGAAGCACUCAGCUUCCCUCCCUUAGGAAAGGAGGAAGGGAGAUGCGAUGAAGAUGUGUCCAAAAGCCAAACGGAAUCACCUGCGGCAGCAGAUAAGGAACCCCAGCCUCAGCCUGCUGAAGAGGCAGCGACUCCAACAGCUGAGGAGGGGACGGCAGCUGAUGCAGGUAGUGAUGAAUCUCCAGGAAAGUCCCCAUCAAAAAAGAAAAAGAAGUUUCGCACUCCUUCCUUCCUGAAGAAGAGCAAAAAGAAGAGUGACUCCUAAAGGCCAAACACUGCAGAAACACUGUCAUAUUUUAAAAUUCAUUAACCACUAGAAUGUACCAGAUUGUACUGAGUGUUUUGUCUUACUAUGUACAUGAAUGCAACAAGUAAUCCAACCAGCCCCUCAAGUUAUGGCUUGAUCGUUUAAGGUUAUAACCAGAAAUUAACAUCCAAAAAGGUGCUAAUCCUGUGUUUUCAGCAGCUACCACCGAUCUGAUCCCUAAUUUCUAAGCAAAUAUAAAUGACUUCCACGUAGAGGCAUUGAAUCACUAUUUAUACCUUAAAGCCUACACCGCUUUACGGAAGAAUAAAACCAAGCUUUUGCCAUUAAGAGUGCAACACAAAUUGCUUACCAUGAGCAGCAUUCUGUUUCAAAAUUCUGCUCCAAGUCAUAAGUAAAUUUCUUCUACAAUGGUGACUUUUAGCGAGGAUGCUUUUGCAGUGGUGUUUUCAGGGGGAUGUGCUCUUGAACUGACAUGUAAGCUUUGCAAUCUUGUGGUUACAGAUCGGGUUGUAGUAAAGCUUUGUGACUCUCCGUUCCUUCCUCACUUUUUCCCCACUUCUGACUACAGUAACAAAAUGGAACUGUUUUCCACUUAGAUCUGGCGCUUGAAACCAUCCUUGUGUAGGACUGAAGUAACUGCGGCAUGGUUUGCUGGCGCUGUGUGUUGAUGGAGCCCUCUUUCCAGGGAAUGCAGCUUGAGGGAAAUCAGUCCUCGGCUCCCUUAGAAUCUGUCAGAUGGUGAUUUGGCUGUUGGGUGAAGUUAAAAGGUCAGUCCAUGGUGAUGUGAAGCCCAGGCGGCUGUAUUUUAGGCCUUAGCACAGGUUUGUUCCACCUGUUCAGAAAUACCUUGGGUGCACGUGCAGACCCGCUGCACAGAAACCCCAUCUGCAGCAUUUUGCUCUUAGUUCUUCCCGUGAUAAAAAUGUAAAUGUGUUACACUGAGCAUUGAACCUUGUUUUGAUAUUCUUUUCACUUACAGAAAAACCUCACAACUGGUAUUUCUUUAUUUCGUUGUUCUUGUUGCCAGCAGUAAAGUAUAGGAAUUCCAGCUAACCUUCUUAAGGAUGUAUUUUCACAGACGUUUGCUAUAAAUGUUUGUUUAAUAUGUAGCAUGGUCGAGAGACUCACUUUCACUACUGAAUUAACUCUUCUCCAGUUAUUGCCAUGCUUCUGUCUAUCACUAAUUGUGUAAGUAGUCUCAAGAUGAGGUAGGUGAGGCUUGCAGGACCCCCCUGGGCGCGGUGUCGUUGCCCCAGCGCCAGGCAGGGAAGGUCGGUCGUCGCCUCCCAGUGGUAGCAUUUCUGGCUUUACGAGCAGAAAUGUUGAAAAUUCCUGCAUGGGAUUGGGCAGCGCUUUGGCUCGCAGUACGUGCAACAAACAGAACGUGGGUGGUACUUUUAGGACAAUAUCAAACGCUGCAAUUGGUACAAUAGCAGAGAACUUAAUGCCUUACAAUUCAGGUAGUAGAAAGCAUCAAAGAAGAGAUGGGUUCAGCAGCUGGGGGUUAGAAAGGCCUACAUUAGGCCUGGGGCGUUGGUACCUUGGGUUGGUUUCACACAGUGAAGGGAAAACGGCAGAAAUGGCAAUCAGAGCUGUAAGGCUUCAGAUGAGCGAAGAGCUUUCCAAGUAGUAUUGAAUGCUGUGAGGAAUGGAACUUUGCCUGUUUGGGAUGGGUAGAGGUACGGUGGGAAUAGAAGCAGCGGAAACUCACUGUGCGAGAGAGACCCCUAAACAGCAAUGUUUAGUCAGGGCUGCAUGGCACUAAUGGCUUUCAGCUUGUACUUUAACCUUGUAUGUCCUCUGUACACUAGGAAGCAUACAAUACUUAUUUUGCUAAAUUGUGUUUUAUUGCAGGGUCGUAAUUAAAUUACUAAUUGCUCUAUGUUUCAGUUCAUUAAUGGAGUCCCUCCAUUUAUCUUCGACCACAUAUGCAAUGACUUUUAAUUUCAAAUUUUGUAGUUUGUUCUUUUAAUUCUUUGUAUUACAAAUGAAAUGUAGUCAUGUAUGGUAUGGUUACACACUCUGGGGCAAAUUAAAGUCCUGUAUUUUU